AUGGAGUCUACAGGACCUCAACAACCUCCUGCUCAGACUCAAGGGGCAACUUCCCUUUCUCCCUCCGCGCAUCUUGACCUCGCUAUAACCCUUACCUUAUAUUCCUGGCCAUCUCUCACACUGGCCGUCGAAUCCUCCUGGGGAGGUCCUAAUUCAAAGAGCAAACGCGAUUGGUUCUGUGGUGCCAUUGCAGAGCUUUUCAGCACUCACCCUGAAACCGAUGCACAAGACCUUGAAGAUGUGUUAAUACAAGUCAUGACAGAUGAGUUCGACGUGGUUGUUGAUGACGGAAGCAUUAGCCAGAUCGCCGAUCAGAUCUGUGAAUUGAAGGCAGAGAUCGAAAAAGGGAAAUUUGAACGUGUGGAGGCAAUGUGGGAUCAGUUCAAAGCAGAAGAGCAAAACGGUGGCAGCAAGCUACCUGCUAAUAUUAUCAAUAGAGUUGGAGUGAAUGGCGUGGAUGAUAGCAGCGAUGAUGACGGCGACGAUGAUGGUGAGGAUGAAGACGAUGAUGAUAUUGAUAUGGAAGAUGCUCCCGUUCCUCGAUCGGCACCAAAACAACGCGAGGAACCAGAAGUUGACGAAGAUGGAUUUACCAAAGUUGUUGGCAGGAAAAAGAGAUGA